AGGAAGGAAGAGGACGGGAUUUUUUCUCCGUUCGACUCGUUAGACGGUAGUAUAUCGUAUUGAUCACCAACGACAUACAGUUGGUUCAGAGUGGUCUGUGUGAGACACACCUGUUGAGAAUGUAAGUAAAGCAUACUCGUAGCGUAGCAUAAGUUCGGGUGUUCCCGGAUUGGAUGUUGAUUUGCUGCGUUUUUCAUCAACGCAGUGUUCAAAUGUCCGGGUCGGUCGGAGGUAGCCUCGUCGUUUGCUUUGAUUGCGCGCGAGACAGGCCGUAGGUGCUAACAUUGCUUCUUGCCAAGUAUAAGUUACGCCUGUUUUAUUGAAUAUGGCUGGGCCCGUUGACGAACGGGACGUGAAUAGUCGCCGUGCUGGGGAGAGUGUCGUCGAUGAGACGCGUAAUACUGCACUGCUGAGCUCAGCUACAGAUGCUAGUGCUACCACCACCGCCCUCGAUGAGGCUUCUACCACCGCUGCUACUACUGCACGUCGUUCUGCAGCCCACACGGCCCCCACUUCAUCGCCCACCGAGGUGGACAAGAGGAAGACGGUUUUGAUUACGGGAUGCUCGUAUGGCGGUAUAGGCAAUGCGUUGGCGCGCAAGUUUCACCGGGAGGGAUUCCGCGUGUUUGCCUCUGCUCGACGUCUUGAGACUCUGGACAACUUGGCCAAAGAAGGAAUCGAAGUUUUUGUGCUCGACGUUACCAGUGACGGCUCUGUGCAAGCUGUCUUGGAAAAAGUGAGUGCGAGAACGGGUGGGCGUCUGGACAUGCUGAUCAACAACGCGGGCCAGCCCUGUGUUGGGCCUGCACUCGACAUCGACAUUGAUCGAAUGAAACGGGUGAUGGAAGUCAACCUGUUCGGAGUGAUCCGCAUGAACAGCGCCUUCCAGCAUCUUCUCUUAGCUUCCCAGGGAACAAUCGUGCAUAUCAACUCGAUUGUUGCCUAUGUGCCGUAUGUCUUUGGCUCUGCAUACAACGCGACAAAGGCUGCCUUGCUCGCCUACACCAACACGCUUCGUCUCGAGUUGUCGCCGUUUGGUGUUCAAGUGAUGAGCAUAAUGACGGGCGGUGUUAGUUCACGCAUUACGGAGCAGCCCACGAACAGUUUGUCUCGAGAACAGCUGCCUGCCGACAGUAUUUAUCGGCCCUACAUUGAUGACAUAAUUAAUGCCCGCAAGCAUACGGGACGGACGUCGAUGACUCCUGAAGAGUAUGCCGACCAAGUGUUUCCCCAAAUAACGGGACGUGGUCGCUGGUACCAAUUGUUUCGGCCGGGUCUUCUGCCAGCCCAGAUUUGGGGCGGUAGUUACUCCUCGCUCGCCCAUCUCUCCUCGCUGCUUCCCAUUGAGAUCUACACAGGGUACAUGCGUCGCAAGUUUCAGAUGCCCAAGGAUGUGAUGAUCGGCAGGGGCAGUGAAUGA